AUGGUGCCCCGGGCUUCAGCCCUGCAGCGAGGGCCCCUUGCCACGGCCCUGCUGUCCUGGCCGGAGACGGGGCCGGGACGCUGCUGCUCCCUAAGGAAACUGAGCCCUACAUCUGAAGAGCGGAAAAUAGGUGAGCGGGCAGAGGCAGAGCGGGAGCGCAGCCAGCCGGGCCACAGUGGCCUGCGGUCUCUGGGCAGCCGGUUCUCAGUGCCGUUAUUUCUUCGUGUUGCGGAGGAGUGCUGUGUAGAAGGCCCUGGCUGGGAGACCCCGGUCCAGCCGCCCCCAUUCCCUCACCCUGGGAAAAUCAACCACUUCCCUGGUAUGACGGAGAUCUGCCGCAAAGACCUGCUGGCCCGGAACCUGAACCGCAUGCAGAAGCUCUAUCCCACCGAAUACAACAUCUUCCCCCGGACCUGGUGUCUCCCGGCAGACUACGGCGACUUCCAGUCCUACGGGCGCCAGCGGAAGACCCGGACUUUCAUCUGCAAGCCAGACAGCGGCAGCCAGGGCCGCGGCAUCUUCAUCACCCGGAGCCCGCGGGAGGUCAAGCCGGGGGAGCACAUGAUCUGCCAGCAGUAUAUCUCCAAGCCCUUCCUCAUCGAUGGCUUCAAGUUCGACAUGCGGAUCUACGUCCUGAUCACAUCCUGUGACCCUCUUCGCAUCUUCAUGUAUGAGGAGGGCCUGGCCCGCUUUGCCACCAGGCCCUAUGUGGAGCCCACCAAUAACAACCUGGAAGAUGUCUGCAUGCACCUAACCAACUAUGCCAUCAACAAACGCAAUGAGAAUUUUGUCCGGGAUGACUCCAUGGGCAGUAAGAGGAAGCUGUCGACGCUCAACGCCUGGCUGCAGGAGCAUAGCCAUGACCCUCGGGAGCUGUGGGAGGACAUCGAGGACAUCAUCAUCAAGACCGUCAUCUCGGCCCACCCCGUCCUCCGCCACAACUACCGCACCUGCUUUCCCCAGUACCUGAGCGCAGGCAUCUGUGCCUGCUUUGAGAUCCUUGGUUUUGAUGUCUUGCUGGACCACAAGAUGAAGCCGUGGCUGCUGGAGGUAAACCACUCUCCGAGCUUCACCACGGACUCCCGUCUGGAUCGAGAGGUGAAGGACGCGCUUCUGUGUGACUCCAUGACGCUCGUGAACCUCCGAGGCUGUGACAAGAGGAAGGUGCUGGAGGAGGACAAGCGGCGCGUGAAGGAGCGGCUGCUCCAGUACCACCUGCCGCUGCGGGAGAACAGGCAAGAACAGAGGGAGUCCUCCCAGGCAGCCAUGCGGGACCAGGAGAGAUAUGAGGACUCCCACCUGGGCGGGUACCGGAGGAUCUAUCCAGGGCCGGACUCAGAGAAGUAUAAGCCCUUCUUCAAGCACAACGGCUCCCUCUUCCAGGAGACUGCCGCCUCCAAGGCCAGAGAGGAGUGUGCCAGGCAGCAACUGGAAGAGAUUCGCCAGAAGCAGGAACAAAAAGAGAACUCAGGCACCAGAAAGAGAAAGGACAAGGACCAGAACCUGGGAGAGUCCGUCGGGGAGAAGAGUCGAUGCGGGGCAAGGCCGCAGGGCCUCUGCACUCACUUGGCUCACCGGAACCGGCACCAGGAAAAAGAGCAGCUACAAGUACUGGACACCAUGAAGCCUCAAGAAAUUGUGGAAGAGGAGGAGCUGGAGCGGAUGAAGUGCAUGCUGCAGAGGGAGAAUCUUAUCCGAAGCCUGGGUAUUGUAGAGCAGCUUCAUCGAAUGCUACACCCCAACCACCACCGGGGCCAGAAAAAUCUUCCUGAGUAUCGGCCUAGACAUGACGAGGACGGGCUGGGCGGUCAAGAACUGCAACCUCUGAAUCUGGUGCCGUUGGUGCUCCUGAGAGGGGCCGUGUCAGAGCAGGGGCCCCCUCACGUCGGGCAACCACUUCAGCCCCAGGUACUGACCCCCAGGGUCUUAGGGCCACUGUCAAGCAUGAAUGCAGCAACCACCCAGCGCCUGAAGCCCAAGAACUUCAACUGGACGGGAGACCCGGCCGCCACUGGCUCCUGCUCAUCGUCAAACAAGAGCUUUAGGAGACACUAUUUUUCCAGCGCCAGAGUCCGGCUCACUAGUCAAAGCCAGGCCAGCAGGAGGCUGGAGGCCAUCAAUCGGAACCUGGCCGGAUCGGUGCCACCGACCUUGACCCCGAAGCAGGGCUACGUCCUGCAGCGGGACAAGGAGGACGGGCCUGUGUGGAGCGAGGGCGCCGCGCCCUCCGGGAAACCUGCUCCUUCUUCCUAUAGGUAUUUGCACGAGGAAUUUGCAGAGUCCUGGUCAGUUCCCAGAUUGGCAGAAGGCUUUGACGUCAGCACUGAUGUUAUCCGGAGAGUUUUGAAAAGCAAAUUUGUGCCCACUUUGAAGCAGAAACUGAAGCAGGAUCAAAAAGUCCUCAAGAAAGCUGGGCUUGCCCUCCCUGCCUGGCAGCGCCCCAGCUCUGGACACAGCUUGCCGCCAUGCAGUGCGGGCUCUUUGCUUAUUCCAGGGGAUGAAGCCUCAGCCACAAGUCAGAGUCACCACACUGCCUUGGAAAUGAUAGCGUCUGGCGCUCACAGCAAAGACUCUCCCAGGAGACAGAAGGGGGGCAGUCAGGGAGUGCAGGGCCUGCGGAAGGAGAGCGAGGUUCCCUGCACCACAGCCUCGGGUCAUCGGAGAGAACUGCCGAAAUGCCCCCGCAGUGACCCUGAGGACGCCACGCCUGACGGCAGUAGGUUGCCAAACAGGGACAGGAUGCAGGAGUUGAAGGCAGGGGAGCCAGAUGGCCAGAACUUCAGCCCUAAAGUUGUACAGAGGGGGCAGGAGUUCUAUGAUAGCAAUGGGAACUUCCUGUACAGAAUUUGAGCUGGGACUAGCUUUGGCAUUGACCUGGGCAACUGGCAGGUUUUUGCCUAUGAAUUGGCCACUUUGCAGUUGGAGGAAGUGAGGAACCUGCAGUUUGGAUAGAUUGAAGCUUCCUGGAGCGUAGCUUCCAGUCUGACCCCCGUGGAAUGGCAAUCCUCAAUCACCUGCAUUGGCUGGACUUCCCGGGUAUUGGAAUCUGCCAUUUGUGUGGCUGUGAGUUUCUGUGAUACUGGUGACAAUAUAUUUGGGAGGAAAUGAGGAGUCUGCCUUCUGACUUUAUUUCCUCCUUGGCUGCAGAACACUAAGAAUACUAAUAGUGCCCAGUCACCUGUUGGUUUUCCUUCUGAGCAGAAGUAAAGUCCAGUGGCACAAUGUGGCAUUUGCUUGCUA